CACUGCAUUCGGUCGGGUUUUUCCUCUACUGGGAGUAUCGUGAAAGUGAUUCGGCGGACGGUUUCCAGCGAGCCCUACAGCAUUCUACAGAUUGUAGACACGAGCGGUUUGUGGCUGAGGACGAAGACAGGGAGUAUUUUCCUCUCCGGUAGGGGGAUAGGACUGUUGUUUUUAUCGGAAUGUGUGUUGUUUUUUGGAAGAAAUGCUGCCAGUUACGGUUCGACUGGGUCAUGGUCCCAGGUGACCCUCUAGGAAGAUAACUGAAUAUUUGGACUGUGGCCGUUCAGUGAAGUGUGAAUUUCUACUGCGUGUAAUUAGCAGAAUGUGGUGUUUCUCAGUCGAUGCCCAGGUAUGCUAUGGAAUGUCAUGACGACUGUUCGGAAGCAGGUGUUGUCAGUAAUAGAAAUUCCACGGAAGAUUCAUCACUCAAAGGAUUAUGAAGAAAACAUGAUGCAAAAAGCUGCUUUCACUAACAGUUAAAUGAGAUAUUUUCUUUCUUGGAACUUCGUUUCAAUGGAACCUUCAUCGCAUGAACAUGUGUGCUUCAGUGAACGAAAAACAAAAAUAAGCUUGACAAGCGUUCAAAUUAAACACAAGCCCUGAAUACCUGCUCAAAUCCCCUGUAAUUGGUGACCCACAAUCGUAAUCAUAGGCUAAGCGACAUUCAGAUGGGAUCAACAUUAUGAACGUAUAAUCUGGAUUACAAUUCACACACCCCAAAGGUCCAUUCGAAGAAAAUUUAAAUAGUUCAAAGUGUAGCUGCCGUUUCGCCCCUUUGCAUUGCUGAUGUUGCUGUUUUUAAAAAAGUCCUAAGCUAAUCCCAGCACUUUGGCCUUUCUUUCGUCCGGCACCUCGUCGUUAAGUCCUCGCGUAUGCCCAGUGGGCCAAAGUCAUAACCAUAAAUUAAGCGUUCAUUUAUAUGCUAAACACUGCUUCGUUUAGUCGUUUCCUCACCUCGACCUCUGAGUGUGUGUGUGAAUUUCUUUCUCGCCGAUUCAUAUGGUGGAAAGUGCCCUUUUCUCAAAUCCGAACGGGAAACGAAGAAAAUGUGAAAAACCGUCUGCUGCCAUCGCCGCUGGUUGGGGUCGCAAUAAUCGUAAAAGUUGAAUUGUUUUCAGCUUUUUCCCAUCCCGAGCUAAACCAGUGCACCGGUGUGUGGGAGGCAUUGGUUUAAUGGAAAUCGAGUGGGAUUGAAAAACCUACUUCACUUUUGCCGCGGAAGAAAGCCGGAAGUGAACAAAAGAACACUUUGUUGGAACGGAAAAACGGCGAGAGAAGAAUCGAACGCAAAAGAAGAAUAAGAGUCAGUGAGUGGUGUUGUUGAUACAACCUUUGCUCUAUCCGGAUCAUAGUGAUAAAAGCAGAAAAGCAGCACUUCCGCAGUUUGAGUAACGCCCGGAAGUUCAAAUGUUGGAAAUAUACCUACAUGGUAGCGUAGAAGAAUCACCGAGAUAGUAACGAAAAUCAACAGUCGCAGAAUAGAGAAGAAACACGUUGUGAGUUUGGAGGUGAAUAGGCGAAAAUGUGGCUGGAAAAACUGGUGCUAGUGUAUCUGUUGACGCUGUUCAACUCACUGGAUGGAUACUUUCUGGAUAACGACAGUCCGCUGACUGGCCGUCACCGAAGAAAAGAAACCAACGAGGCCAAAUCAUCGCAUCGAAACGCACUGAGUUCGUCACACCACCACGAAAGUCAAUUCGUCACCAAAAACAACAGUAGAGUAGUUAGUCAACGAGGGGGCCUCGCCGUGCUCCCCUGCAGCGUCACCAUGUCAACACCAGCCACUGUAUCGUGGUUCCGGCGGAAAGACUACCAGCUGCUGACGGUCGGUUUGUCCACGUACAGCAGCGACGAUCGAUUCCUGGUGGAGCACACCCGCCAUUUGGGCAACUGGGCGCUGCGGAUAAAGAACGCCCGGAGGGAAGACGAAGGACUGUACGAGUGCCAAAUUUCCACCCAUCCGCCACAGUCGAUAUUCAUCGAGCUUAGGAUCGUAGAGGCCGUAGCAGAAAUUCUGGAAGCGCCUGAUUUGCAUAUAGACGAGGGAUCGACACUGCGGUUGGAAUGCAAACUGAAACGUGCCACCGAAAGCCCGUUGUACGUCUUUUGGUAUCACGAAGAACGGAUGGUCAACUAUGACCAGCAGGACGGCAUCUCGGUGUCGACGAACAAGUUGACGUCCAGUGUCCUUACGGUGCGGAAUGCCACGGCAAGACACGGAGGGAACUACACCUGCGCUCCUGCCAACGCGAGACAAUCCAGUAUCUAUGUGCACGUGCUCAAAGGUGAAAAGCCAGCUGCAAUGCAACAUCCGAACAAAAAUCCAACGGUGGCGAGCAGUGCUGCAGCCAUCAGUCGACGCCUAACGAGUUCCGCUACGACCAGUGGAUGGAUGGCGGCCCUGCUUCUGACCUGGACCUACUAUUGGUCCUCUCCGUGGCUCAUCCUGCGAUCCUUCGCGUCGACACUGGGCUCUUCCUUCCCUUCUUCUAGUUGCACCACCACCAAGAGACUGUCACUACUACCACAGCAAAAACGACGGCGACGAAGAACGAUGGCCUACAAUUUCCAUAGCCGAUGCUGUUUCAAGACGACACUCUGUAUACUGACGGUGCUGGUAAUUGUGCAGACUAUAUUCAGCAAAAGUAUUAAAUUGUUUGAUGCGGUCUAAGGGUCAACGGAGCCCAAGAGCAGCGCUGAAGGCCGAUCGAAAUUCACUUGUUGAGGCACGAGGUGAAUUAGGGGGCGGGCUCAAACGGCCACACGAAAGAAGAGAGCUAGAGGACUUCGUUUCUAGAGACAAGUAGUUAUUAUUAUAAAUAUUUUGUACAGGUUUUCUAGUAUUAAAACAAGUGUUUAGGGUUAAUCUGAAUCAUUUCUAAAGGAGUGUCACAAUGGAGUGGAGAGUAUGCAAGUGCGAAAGGGUAAUGUAAGUAGGAUUUGGAGGUGAAUAAUACUCAGUUUAGGGAUAAACUGUUUUGACGUACAACUAUGACAAGAUGGAAAUUGAAAUUGGAACUAUGCAUGCGUGCAUUUUUCAUUGAAGGAUGCUCUAUUCCCGUUUCUCAAAAUUCAAUUUUUAUGUUCCUCCAUUUGUUAGGAACAUAUACCAACUGCAUACUUUUGUUAAACAUAUUAA